CUAAACGGGGACUGUUGAUUGGCUGUAAAACUGAAAGUUGAAGGACAGAUGAGGCCGAAAAUGAGUUACCGCAAGGAAAAAUAGGCUAUGACAUUCCUUCAUCUUGCAGAUUUUUUUUUCAGGUUCCCUACGGUGAGUUAUGUUCGUCCGCGCAGUGUGCCUAUCACUCUACUGCUGUGUACGGAGGAAGGAAGAGGAUAGAACUAUAGGCAGCUCCUGAAGUCCGUAAUGGCCUCCUUUGGAUGGAAGAGGAAGAUUGGUGAGAGAGUUUCGAAGGUGACUUCUCAGAACUUCGAAAAGGAGUCUGCCGAUGAGGUGGCUGGCCUAGAGAGCCACGACGUAGACUGGAUCCAUUCCAUUAAGCGCAAGAAAAAACUUCUCCUAGAGGACAAUAUCUCCAAGAGUAAACAGCUGAAGGAGGAAGGGGCAUUACUGGCCCUCAAUGGAAGGCACCAGGAGGCUAUAAAAAAAUGGGACGAGGGGAUCCAUUUAACACCAGAAGAUGCUGCUCUGUAUGAGAUGAAGGCUCAGUCUCUUCUGAGUCUUCAGGAAAUUUUCCCAGCAGUACAAGCUGCAGAAACAGCAGUCAACAGGAACCCAAAGUUUGUUGAGGCCUGGCAGACAUUGGGAAGGGCACAGCUGGAACUGGGAGAAAUAGCAAUGGCCAUCCGGAGCUUCCAAAUCGGGCUCCACAUCUGCCCUUCUAAUGUGGAGUUAUGGGAGGAAGAUCUGAAAUGGGCUCAAAAGCUCCUCCAACAGAAGAAAGAAGGUGAAACAUCGAAAGCUCUGGAGAAGACCCAGACGGAUUUAAGCCUAGAACAGGCAUUAAUCCCAGACUAUGACUUUGAGAGUGAUGAGGUGGUGGCGGCCUGUGAUGCCAUAUCACAGAUCCAGAAGGUGACUGCCGUCACUGGUAAAGCCAUUGUUGUUUCUUCAUCGGGAAAGGUGACAAAUCAGGAGCCAACGAGAGACAACGCUUCGACCUCUGAUGACCCGAAAUUGUUUAUCAAAGCUCGAUAACCUAUAUUGGUAGUGUGUGUGUGUGUGUGUGUGUUUUUCAUCUGUAACAUUGGACCAUCCUUUGGGAUUAUGCUAUAAAAGAAUAAUGAACCCCAACAGUCAGUUCAUUGGGGAGUUGGCCAUAUGCUCCCUUGUAGGUUUUCCAUUGACUCCAUUGUGUAGACAGAUGCACAGGCUCAGCCAUUUCUGCUUUGGUGAGAUCCCAACUCCAAGAUUACCGCCCAUGUGAGUUCCUCAUUUGUCUUAAUGACAUGCCAAUAAUACUAAGGACUUAUGCACUUAGCGCAAACAUGGAGAGAUCUAUCAGUCUUGGCUGGUGGGGGCAGUCAGAAUCCACCUGGGACUGCCCUGAGGAAGGAAAGUGAUGGCAGGCUCCUCUAAGGGUCUGUUCACAUUUACUUAAUCAGCUGAGGAUUUUACGCUGCAUAUUUUAUGUUGCAGAUUAAUUCAAUAAAAAUAAAUAGUAUAAAUCUGCUGCAUCCAAUCUGCAGAAUAAAAUCGGCAGCAGAUUAGGUACGUGUGAAUGUACCCAAUAUUCUAUUUUUUAUGUUCUAUGGGAUCAUCUCUAAUAGGACCAGGCAAAGGAUGAAGUUCAGCCUCCUCAAGCCUUGAAUGACCUGUGGGUAAAAAUCCUGUAGACCAAAUGUAACAUACAUGGUCUACAUCAGUGGUGUCCAACCUGUAGGUACAGCUCUCCUGCUAGGAUUGUAGUUUUACAAGAGCCAAGGAGCAGCACGUUGCAGACUAAGUAGGCUCUAGGAAUUCACAGUAACAGGGAGCUGGACCUUAAGUAUGUCCCUGUGGCAGUAAAGAAAUGCCCCUAGCCUGCCAAGUGCUUGAGUACUACAUGAAUGCAGUGGUUUCCCUCAGCUCUUCAACACACCCUGCCCCCCCCCCCCCCCCACCUCUCUCUCUCCCACAGCACUUCUGCAAGUUCCCUGCCCAGAGCUGUUGCAGAAUAGCUAAUAUUACAGCAGACUAUGUCUCAGUCAGUGAGAUUGCAGUAUCUGCUGCAUUCAUUCUCUGUCUGUUUCUCUGCAUGUAAUAUUGCUCAACACAAGGCAACAUGCUGUAAACACACCUCAUUUUUCUGUAAAUGUCCCAAUAAACAUAUAUCCAUACACAGAUACACAGUGUGUAUCUCUCUCUUUCUCUCUCUUUCUUUCUCUCUCUCUCCCCUUCUCUCUCUCUGUCUCUCUUUCCCUCUGUCUCUCUUUCCCU